CUAAUAUUGCCAUCCAGGUUGUGGCCAAGGGAGUAUAGCCCCCCUGAUUCGGAUCCAGAAGAUGCUGAAGAGCAGCAUCCUUUCCAAUAUAAUUGUGAAUUGAAGAGUUUUCCGAGUGUUCCAAACACGAUCGAAAUGUAUCGCAUUCUAUAUGGGAACAACUCUAUUGCUGUGAGAUGGACGGGUAUCGAGUAUGAAGAUGAAUGGACCAGGCGAAAGGAAGUUCUUGAGAGCUGGGGAUGGGAGAUACUGAAGACGGGAAAAUCAGAUACAUCAUUUGCCAUAGAGUGCACUUUGAGAAAGUCGGAUACUAUUUGAUGUUCAU